GGUGUACGAGUACAUGGAGAACGGGAGUUUGGGGGAUGUUUUGCAUGGGGAAGGAGGUGGAGUUUUGCUCGAUUGGCCUAAACGGUUUGCCAUUGCAUUGGGGAUGGCCCAAGGGCUUGCGUAUUUACACCACGACUGUGUGCCAGCAAUUAUGCACAGGGAUCUGAAGUCUAACAACAUACUGUUAGACGAGGAGUUUAGGCCCAAAUUGGCCGACUUUGGCCUGGCGAAAUUUUUUAAGCGGGAAGUGAACGACAGUGGUCAGACCAUGUCUCGUGUUGCUGGUACUUACGGAUAUAUUGCCCCAGAAUAUGGGUACACGAUGAAAGUCACAGAAAAGACUGACGUCUACAGUUUUGGGAUAGUGUUGCUUGAACUUUUGACCGGAAAGAGGCCAAACGAUUCCUCAUUUGGUGAGAGCAUGAGCAUUGUUAAGUGGGUAAAGGAUAUAACAUUGCCAUCCAAAAAACGAGGUGGAAUUCGGGAAGCAAGUGAUAGUCGAAAUAUUGGCAGUUUGUACCAAAUAUUGGACUCUCGGAUGGAUCCUGACACGAUAGAAUAUCAGGAGGUAAAGAAAGUCUUGAAUGUGGCUCUCUUAUGUACUAUGGAGCUGCCCAUUAGAAGGCCAUCCAUGAAAAGAGUUGUCGAGCUGCUUAAGAAACUUUAGCUGAUACAUUACCAGUUCAAAAUGACGAUCAGAAGAUGUGUCCCUCGUGGUCAGCUUGACAGCUGGCAAAACUCGACUCGACCGUGCAACUGGACCGGCAUCUCGUGCGACCCACGGACCAAAAACGUCAUCUCCAUAAACUUAACCGGUUUCAACAUUUCCGGUCCCUUCCCAUCAGACUUGUGCCGAAUUCCGACCCUUCAAAAUCUUGACCUGUCCAACAACUACUUAGGCGGCCGAGUCGAACCCCUCUCGAUUUCCAACUGCUCGAAUCUCGUCUCCCUCAACCUCUCACUCAACCUCUUCGUCGGCACGCUGCCAGAUUUCCCGCCACAUUUUGUCAAACUAAAGAUUUUGGACCUUUCGUUCAACAAUUUUUCUGGGGAGAUCCCCGUGAGCUUCAUAAACUUGCGGAAUCUCGAGCAUCUCAACCUCAUUUCCAAUUUACUAAACGGGACCGCUUUCCCCGAGUUCGUAUCUAACAUGACCAAAAUGACUCGACUACUCCUGUCCUGGAAUCCCUUCCGCCCGAGCCAGCUGCCUAUAAACAUCGGCCAGCUCACGAAGCUCGAGGAUUUCCAGGCCGUGUCAUCUAACCUCAUUGGCCAUAUUCCGUAUUCCAUCGGGAACUUAAAAUCUGUUAAAAACUUCGAUGUAUCUCAAAACAAGUUACAGGGCCCAAUCCCGGUCAGCAUCGGUGGCAUGACAAGCAUGGUUCAGAUUGAGUUGUACAACAAUCACAUUUCGGGCGAAAUUCCAGAUACAUUCUCCAAUCUGACGUCACUCGUACGUUUCGACUUCUCCCAGAAUAGCCUGACUGGGAAAAUCCCCGCCAGCCUGGCAGCCCUGCACGUCGAGUCCUUCCAUUUGAAGAACAACUUCCUGUCGGGAAAAAUCCCCGAGGCUAUUGCUCUCAAUCCGGUGCUCACCGAACUGUUGCUGUUCAACAAUAGCUUGUCUGGAAAGAUACCUCCCAAUUUGGGCCUGCAUUCGGGCCUCGAGCAAUUCGACUUAUCAAACAACAACUUGGAGGGCCCGCUGCCACCCAACCUUUGCCGUGGGAAGAAGUUAAUGAUUCUGAAUAUCAUCAACAACAGGAUUUCUGGUGAAAUACCCGAAUCUUACGGAGAGUGUCUCACCUUAGUCCGUGUCCGAAUUCAGGACAAUGAGCUCUCGGGGAAUGUGCCAAACGGGCUGUGGGGUUUGAGCAAGCUCAAGUAUCUCGAGAUCUCAAACAACAGAUUACAAGGCCGUAUUUCGCAGUCGGUUUCAUCUGCCAAGAGCCUUCAGCAGUUACUAAUCGCCGGGAAUAGAUUUUCUGGAGAGUUGCCUGAAGGAAUCUGCAAGUUGCAAGAGCUGGGAAGGUUUGAUACGAGCAGGAACGAGUUUUCCGGAGUGCUGCCUUCGUGUAUUAACGAGUUAUCGAAUUUAACUGAGCUUCGCAUGCAGGGGAAUAACUUUAGCGGUGAGAUCCCGAAAAAUAUUGGUGAUUUGGUGCAGCUAACUGAGUUGGAUUUGCAGGAAAAUCGAUUUUCCGGAAUUAUACCGUCCGAGCUGGGGGAAUUACCACAUUUGACAUAUCUGAACCUUUCGAAUAAUAUGCUCUCAGGGGAAAUUCCGGAAGAGCUCGCCAAACUCAAGAUAAUCGAGUCCGACGUAUCAAAUAACCAGCUUCAAGGUAGUGUCCCACCCGGUUUAGAUACACAGCCUUUUGUGACCGGCCUAAAGGGAAAUCCAAAUUUGUGUAGUUCAAUCCUUACAGAGCUUCGUCCUUGCUCGAUAGAGAAACAUGCUCGUAAAAGCUUCUCGUCGGUGAGAAUUUUAUCGGCAGUCGCAUUGAUUUCAAUAGCGUUACUCAUUUGUUUUUGGUUCCAAACCGAGAUUUUUCUAAGAUUUAGGCACAAGAGAAACCAAACAUGGAAAAUCGAGGUUUUUCAGAAGGGUGCGAUUGACGAAGAUGACAUAUUGGCCUCAUUGAAAGCCGAGAAUGUAAUCGGGUCCGGAGGAUCCGGUGUUGUUUACAAAGUCGUGCUCAAGAGUGGGCGAGAAGUGGCGGCAAAAAAGCUUUGGGAGGCAAAUUUGGAAGAACCCGAGCACGUUUUCCGAUCGGAAAUAGAGACCAUGGGAAAUAUUAGGCAUUUAAACAUAGUGAAGUUGUUGUUUAGUUGCAUUAGUGAAGAUUAUAGGAUAUUGGUGUACGAGUACAUGAAGAACGGGAGUUUGGGGGAUGUUUUGCAUGGGGAGGGAGGUGGAGUUUUACUCGAUUGGCCUAAACGGUUUGCCAUUGCAGUUGGGACGGCCCAAGGGCUCGCGUAUUUGCACCAUGAUUGUGUGCCUGCAAUUAUGCACAGAGAUUUGAAGUCUAACAACAUAUUGUUGGAUGAGGAGUUUAGGCCUAAAUUGGCCGACUUUGGCUUGGCGAAAUCUUUGAAGCGGGAAGUGAAUGAGAGUGCUCAGACCAUGUCUCGUGUGGCUGGUACUUAUGGAUAUAUUGCACCAGAAUAUGGUUACACCAUGAAAGUCACGGAAAAGAGUGAUGUCUACAGCUUUGGGAUAGUAUUACUUGAGCUACUGACUGGGAAGAGGCCGAACGAUUCCACAUUUGGAGAGAACAUGAACAUUGUCACUUGGGUGAAGGAUAUUACAAUACCGUCCAGAAAACGAGGUGGAAAUCGAGAUGCUAAUAUUGGUAGUUUGAAUAAGAUGUUAGAUCCUCAAAUGAAUGCGGACAGCAUAGAGUAUCAACAAGUGAAGACUGUCCUGAAUGUGGCUCUCUUGUGUACUGCUGAAUUGCCAGUUAGAAGGCCAUCCAUGAGAAGGGUUGUUGAGCUGCUCAAACAUUAGCACGCAAGGAAGAAUGAAAUGUGAAGAUAUUAAAUCUCUGUCCAUUUGUUUCUGCACAUUCGAUACUAAUUCUUAAACCUUAGAUUUUGUGGAAAUACAUAUUGAUAUCAUUUGGAUUAGUAUAGAUAAUUCUAGUCAAAUGAACCGAAAUAGCAAGUCAGUUGUAAUUCCUCUUUCCCCAAUCCUUGUCUUCAGAAAAAUAAAACAAAGACAUUUUUG